AUGAAUUUCUCAGGGCCAUAUGACCCGACUGCUUUUCAUGGCAUCUCAUCCCUUCAUGACGCCGUCGAGCACUUUCGAAGCAAGAAUGGCCAUUCAUUUGUGGAAACGAAGUUAAAGUCUCUUAUUCUGCAGCAUGGUGUUUCGGAUCUGUUUGGGGUGGCACUUGUCCAUCGUCAUUUUGACCUGGAAGAGGGAACAAUCCUCGUGGAGAAAGACAUGGUCACAGCACCUUGGAAAUGUGAUAAUUCUUUUGCAAAGCAUGGUGGGAGGAUUGUCCCCAUCUCUUGGUUCUUCAAGGAGGGCAGACCUUACCCUUAUGAGUUCGGUUUUUUCCCUUAUUCUAAGACCGAUCCCCCCAAACUCGAACAGCAUGCAUCUUUUGUUGAAGCAUUCUUUGACGCUGUCAAUCUUCAUGGGUUGGAUAAUUUCGUCGGUCUUCGACGUCUGUCUGGACAUGAAUCCACGGGAAUGCUGGAGUGCACCGAGGGCAGAGUGAAUAUCAUGUUUCCAAGCAACGAGAUACCCGCCGAACUUCUUCAAAAUGGAACUGAUACAAUGUGGUUUUUUGAUGGCCAGCCACCGUACCGCAUGUAUCGAUGCGCCUGUACGAACACGGGCAGUUCGUCGAACCCGAACCACAAUCAUAUUGACCAGGCUUGA